AUGGACAAGGCGCUGCUGACCCGCGCCACGAGCAAAGAUGACACGCCGACGCCCGGCUACCUCUACGGGGAGAUCGCGCGCAUGACGCAGCACAGCUACGACACGUGCACCAAGGUGCAGGACUUCCUCAUCUCGCGCGUCAAGAAUAAGCACCACACCAUCAAGUACAAGGCGCUGCAGGUCAUCAAGCACGUCUGCCGCGAGGGCCGCGUGGACUUCAAGCGCGAGAUGCAGAAGCACAUCCCGACCGUCAAGGAGUGUCUGCAGUUCCGCGGCACGCCCGACCCGCUCAAGGGCGACGAGUACUUCCGCCGCGUGCGCGAGGCCGCCAAGGAGGUGCUGGACGCCAUCUACGACACGGACAACACGCCCGGCCUGGGCGGCAUGGGCAUGUCGGCGCGUAUCCAGGGCGUGGGCGCCAACCCGAACGACAACGGCGCGGGCGGCAGCGGCUCCGGCUGGAGCUCCAAGAUCUGGGGCGGCAAGAACUCGAACGACAGCUCGCUGCCUCCUCCGCCCAUGGCGGGCCCGCCUAUGGGCGGAUACAACGGCAGUGCGCCGCCGCAAGGCGCCCCGUACGGCUACCCGACCGACCCGAACCAGGGCAGCUACGGUGGCCCGCAGCCCUACGGCCAGCCGCAGCAGCCGUACCAGCCAGAGUACCCGCAGGGAUCCUACGGAGGCCCCGGCGGCGCGGCCAACCCGCCGUAUGGAGGCGCCCCGCCCAACCAGUACGGAGGCGCGCCGCCCCCGUUCAACGACCAGAAGUUCUCGGGCAUUGGCAACCCCAUGUACCAGGACCCGCGCGCGGACGAGAAGGGAUUCUUCAAGGGACUGAAGGAGAAGGUGGCGUCCAAGUACUCCAAGUCGGACCCGAAGCCGACGUUCGGUGGCGGCCCGCCCGGAUCGGCCAACCCGCCUGAGGGAUGGAGCUUUGCCACCAACCGCGGACCCACCAGCGGCAACUACGGCCCCACGCCGGCGCCGUACAACCCCGAGGAGCCAUACCGCCCGACUGGGUACGGAUACCGCCCCGGGUCUUCUUCGUACGGACAGGACCCGCGCGAGUCGGCGAGCUCGCAACUGCGGGAGAAGUCUUAUGAUGGUGACCGUAAGAAGGGUCGUGUUGGCGGCGCGUGGAGCGAUACGGACGUGCCCUCGAACCUCGGUGGCUCCACCGGAAUGCAGAACAAUGGACCCGAGAGUCGGACUCAGAGCUUCAGCGGCAACACUCGUGACAACCGUUCUUACUCGCGCAACUCCGACUACGAAUACGACGACAACAAGCGUCGCGAGUCUCGUGAACCGAGACCUUUUCCUCAGGCCCCACCUCCUGUUCUCACAGGCCAGACCUCUGGCGCGCAAUCCGAUGGCUCGUACGAGCGGAACCUGGUCACCGCUCUGUGUGCCCCCGGCGGCAUGCGAGCUAUUCCCCCGAAGGACAAGAUGGACGCGUUCUUGAAAAGCGCGAUUACUCUGGACGCGGAGAUCGUUGGCCCAAUUUUGGAGGAUUGCCUCUCGGACGACCAGUGGACGGUCGUUUCCAAGGCCCUGGCUACGAUUGACGCUCUGUUGAAGACGGACGGAUGCGAAGAGUUCGAGGAGUACUUCUCCGAAAACUCCAGCGAGAUCGAGGAGUGCGCUAAGUCAGACAAGGCGGCCGUGCGAGACCGCGCCGUGAAGGUUCUGAACCACCUCGGCAUUUCUGCUGGACUGUCGGCAUCUACAUCCAGCCGCGAGUCGUCCAAGCCCAAGAGCAAGCCCACUGGUCACAGGAAGCAGCCAGCUGCGGCUGAGGCCGAUCUUUUGGGAGGUUUCGACGACGAGCCUUCGGACAAUGGCUCUCUGUUUUCUGGACUGCAGACGAAUGCUCCUCCCCAGCAGGCUCCGCAGGAGUCCGCUCAGGCUGGGGCGACGUCGGCAAACGAGAUGGCCGACAUGUUUGGCGGAUUGCAGCUCCAGAGUAGCACAGCGAGCACCGCAUCGGUGCCUGAGCCGGCUCAGCCAGCUCCUCCUGCCCCUGCCGCCCCCGCAGCACCUGCUCCCGCGCCUUCCGCGAACAAGACGAUGGUGUUGGACCCUCUACUCGAGCCUGUGCAGGCUCCUCCCAUGAACCAGGGCUUCGGCGCCCCCAUGAACAUAGGCAUGAUGAACUUCAACACGCCGCAGCAAAUGGCCCAGAUGCAGCAGAUGCAGUACAUGCAACAAAUGCAGCAGAUGCAGUACAUGCAACAAAUGCAGAUGCAGCAAAUGCAACAGAUGCAGGGCAUGGGAAACCCGGGCUCGCAGGUGAUCGGAGCUGCGAUGACCCCGACGGGCUACAUCGCCAAGACCAUCCAGGAGCCCACGGACAGCCUUGCGUCCGACUCAGGAUUCGGGUUCAUGAAGAAGAAGGACGACUCGUUCAACUUUGUGAAGGAUGCCAUGAAGAACAGUUAG